AUGUUGUCGCUUCGCCAGGCCUUUAUCGCCGUCGGUGUCGUCUUCCACUUCUACUAUCUCUGGCUGAUUUUCGAUAUCUAUUUUGUAUCUCCAUUGGUCCACGGGAUGGACCAACACAAAUCGACUCAGGAACCGCCCGCUAAGAGACUCUUUUUGAUUGUGGGCGAUGGCUUGCGCGCAGACAAGACCUUCAAGAAGCUUCUUCAUCCCACAUCGAAAAAGGAGCAGUAUUUGGCGCCGUAUCUUCGCCAAUUGGUUCGCGAAGAGGCAACCUGGGGUAUUUCCAACACUAGAAUGCCUACUGAGUCCAGGCCGGGACAUGUGGCGAUGAUUGCUGGUUUCUAUGAGGAUGUUAGUGCUGUAACCAAGGGCUGGAAGGAAAAUCCGGUCGACUUCGACUCGUUUUUCAACCAGUCUACCCAUACCUACUCUUUUGGCUCCCCCGAUAUUUUACCCAUGUUCGCCUACGGCGACAACGUAGUCCCCGGUAGAAUUGAUGUUUGUAUGUAUGGUCAUGAGUUUGAAGAUUUCACGCAGAGCAGCAUCGAGUUGGAUGCCUUUGUAUUUAGACACUUCAACGAACUCAUGGAUGAUUCAAAGACAAAUGCAACUUUGCACGAAGAAUUGCAUCGUGAGGGUAAUGUUUUCUUUUUGCACUUGCUUGGUCCUGAUACCGCUGGCCAUGCCUAUAGACCUUAUUCGGCUGAGUACUACGAUAACAUUAACUACAUUGACCGUCAAUUGUCUCAGUUGGUUCCUCAGAUUCAUGAGUUUUUCGGCGAUGAAGAUACUGCAUUUGUCUUUACUGCUGACCAUGGUAUGUCCGAUUUCGGCUCCCAUGGUGAUGGUCAUCCAGAUAACACUAGAACUCCCUUGAUUGCCUGGGGUGCUGGUGUCAACAAGCCUAAGCAUGCUUCUGAAGAACAAUUGAAACUCCAGGAUCCUGUAGUUAGUGGGUAUGAAGAAGAUUACUUCGACACUUGGGGUUUCGAUGACUUGGAGAGACAUGAUGUGAAGCAAGCCGACAUUGCGCCUCUUAUGGCCUACUUGAUUGGCGCAAAUUAUCCUGCGAACUCUGUGGGUGAGUUGCCUUUACCAUAUAUUCAGGGUUCUGCACUCAACAAGAUCAAAGCCUUGUACGAAAAUGCCUUGGCUGUUACUGAACAGUACAUAAUCAAGGAGAGUGAGGUGUACAAUCACCAGUUCAGGUACAAGCCUUUUGAUCCAUUUGUGAACAAGCCAAUCGCUGCUUAUAAACAAGAAAUCGAGGCCCUUAUUCACCAUUUAGAAACCCUUCCCGAAGCUAGUGAUUCUACUGACAUCGAAGCGACUGCCAUUCAGUUGGCUAAGGAGUUGACGAAAUGCUCCUUGGACGGUUUGAACUAUCUUCAGACCUAUAACUGGCUUUUGUUGCGCUCGAUCGUUACAUUGGGAUUCUUCGGAUGGAUUAUCUACUCCUUCAACAUUUUCUUGAAGCUUUUCAUUGUGGACGAUUUUGCUCAGCCCAAGCAUUCAAAACCACUCCUUGCGUUUUUUGGUGUUAUUGCGGUUUCAAUGAACUACUUGUUGUUUUACCAGCGCUCGCCUUUCAACUACUAUAUGUACUUGGCAUUCCCACUAUUCUUCUGGUACUCUAUACUCAACGAAAGAUCAAUUUUCUUCAUUGGUUUAGAAACAUUCAUGCACGGCAUUUCCACACCCACAAAGUUUUUUGUUUUGGCUUGUUUCUUGGGAAUGUACGAAGGUAUCACAUACGGAUUCUUCAACCGGAUUAUGUUCUCGGUCAUCUUCAUUUUAAUCGGUUUGUAUCCCCACUUCCUCGGCUCCAAGUUAUCUGUUGGAACCAAAUUAAUGUGGUUGUUGAGUUGUGCUGGUAUGUGCAUCUUCACUAACCUUGACGCCGUUAAAACGGAGAGUUUGUCUCAAAUCAACAUCAGUUCGGCAUUUGCAUUUACUGUUGGAACAAUUGGCUAUGGAAAGGUUACAAAGAGAGGUAUUGCUAGCAAGGUCUCUAAGAUUCUUGUCUUGCAAUUGGUAUGCAUUGUUGCCAUGGCUGUGAUCACCAACAUAUCUGUUUUGUCAUUGCAGUCACGUUCUGGCCUUCCAUUUGCCUCCCAAGCGCUGGGCUGGCUUGUGUUUAUUUUCUCGCUCAUUGUGUUGCCACUCUUGCAUUCUUCUAGUCCAUCUCCAGACUAUCAACUCAGAAUUUUGAUUAUUUAUUUGACUUUUGUGCCCACAUUCAUUAUUUUGACUAUUUCAUUUGAGCUUUUCUUCUAUGUUGGAUACUCCUUGGUGUUGUUACAAUGGCUCAACAUUGAGACACAAUUGAAGGCUCCUAGCAGUCACAAACCCGGCUUUGAGGGCAAAAAGAUCAGAAAACCUCCGGGAUAUUGGUUGCAAACAAUUAGAAUCUCAAUCAUUGGCUUCUUUUUCUUACAGUAUGCAUUCUUUGGAACUGGCAACAUCUCGUCAAUCUCAACCUUUUCACUUGACUCUGUGUACCGUUUGAUUCCGGUUUUCGAUCCGUUUGCCAUGGGCGCCUUGCUUAUGCUUAAGUUAAUUAUUCCAUAUGUGUUGUUGUCGACCUGUUUUGGUAUUAUGAACUACCGAUUAGAGAUCCGCAAGUUUACCAUUUCAACGCUCAUCAUUUCUACAUCUGAUUUCCUCUCGCUCAAUUUCUUCUACUUAGUCAAGACCGAAGGUUCGUGGCUUGACAUUGGUCUCACCAUUUCGAACUAUGUUCUUGCCAUUCUCUCGUCAUUGUUCAUGCUAAUUUUAGAGUUGGUGAGCACGGUGAUUCUUCGCGGAGUCGCCUUCACUGCUACCGAAAACAUUGCCAAGGAAACCGAGCGUCAAAAAAUUGUCGAAUCUAUUCUCGAAGACUCUUCAUCCAUUAGUGAGCGCGUCAGACAGAGAAAGGGAACCUCGAUCAAGGUCGAUGAGUAA